AUGGAUUUCAUUCUCUCUUUGACGCACUUCUGCGAGGUGCAUGGUCCCACUUCUAUCAUUUGCUCACAGGUCCUACCAUUUUCAUGUCCGCAAUGUCACCCCGAAUCCGAUCACUCUCCCCAGGGUACCCCAGCUUCACAUGAAUCUCGCUUCGAUCAUGAGCGAUCUCACAAAUCUACCGAGUCUAAAUCGCCCAGAAUCGAAGAUCACCCGUAUUUCCUGAAAGGACAUCCGGCCUCCCCCGAUGACAAAUCUAGCCGAGGUAGUUCAAAUGGCGACACUUGCGCCAGUUGCAGCCUGUCUCUGCCAGAAAAUGUGAGCAAGCAGCUACCUCCAGGUGCUCCUGGAAGUCGCGACGCAAAAGGCAAUUCCACUAGUCCGGUACUCCGCUCGCGCGAGCUUGUCUACUCAUGUGGCAACAACCAUUCGGAGUUGGACGACGAAACCGACUAUCACACCCAUGCAUCUCCUCCCGAUUCACUUCACUCCGCCUCAGUUGCCUCCGAUGCUUCAUGUCACACACACAUUCACACCUAUCUCUCUCAGCGCGGCCCGCCGAACCCCGCGGACUAUGCGCUUCUCCGACGCUCCUCUAUUCGCACCCUGAGCUGCGAACUUUUGCCCCGCGGACUCUCAUCCGGUCCCAUCUGCUUCGGCGACGGAGUCGCCGGUUAUACAAUUGCCUACAUUUUCCGCCUUCCAGACCCCAUGGCCCGCGGCAAGCGACGCAGUUACGCACUGGUCGCUUUAGCGGGGCGAGAUGCCGGAAGAGCGUUCCGCGCAUGCCCCAUCAUUUGGCGUGCAUUCGGCCGCAUCGCAACCAGCAUUGUCCAUGCCGCUGAACGCUUCCAGGAAGACGAGAAGACCCGCGAUGAGCAGAACAAUCCCGGAAGACUGCCUGGUCGCCAAUACCCUCCCGUUUCAUCCUUCCUCACUGGCCGAGGUAUGGAUCCGGCGGGCCGCCGUGCGGCCGGCCAAAUUCGGGCCCGGAAUUUAGCCGAAAUCGUCGGCAAUGAAUACAUUUUCACUGAAUUACAUGCUCAUUUCGUCGCACUUCUACAGCAGCUGGGCGGAAUGUUUGGCGGAAUCCCUCUCAACGAGGAACGCUUCGUCUGCAGCACUGUGGGUGACGAAGAAAGCCCUAGUCCCUCUCAGCCAGUCCUCGUCUCCAAGGCAAGACAGACAAAGGAUGGUAAUGAAAUCGACUUGUCGAACCUUGAAAUUUCCGCAGGACCUAAGGCGAUCCCCAUUGCCCCUCGCCGGCCUGUCAUGGCCUGA